CGUCGAUCCGAUGAUGAUUUAGAAUGUAGGUAUUUAUAUAUAAAAACAAAAGCACCCAUCAAUCCAGAAUUUGCAAUCGCUCUUUCUCCGAUAAUGGCAAGUGGAACUGGUGAGGUUUCAAAGAAGCUGAAGCUCUAUUCCUAUUGGCGGAGCUCUUGUUCUUGCCGCGUUCGAAUCGCUCUCAAAUUAAAAGGGCUAGAUUAUGAGUAUAUCGCAAUUAACUUGCUCAAAGGGGACCAGAAAUCUCCAGAGUUUUUGAAGCUUAAUCCACUUGGAUAUGUGCCAGUACUUGUGGAUGGUGAAUUUGUAGUUGCAGACUCUUUUGCUAUAUUACUGUAUCUAGAAGAGAAGUAUCCUCAGCACCCAUUGUUGCCAAAAGAUCUUCAGAAAAGGGCUCUCAAUUACCAGGCUGCAAAUUUGAUUUCUGCAAACAUACAACCUCUCCAGAAUUUACCUGUCCUCGGCUAUAUUCAAGAAAAACUUGGUCCUGACGAGAAAAUUCCUUGGGGUCAAACUCAUAUACGAAAAGGCUUUGCUGCUCUGGAGAAGCUAUUAGAAAAUUACGCUGGAAAAUAUGCCACGGGGAAUGAAGUUUUCCUGGCUGAUUUGUUUCUGGCACCCCAGAUUGAUGGUGCAGUCAGAAGAUUCAAUGUUGACAUGGUGCAUUUAUCAACAUAUCUGUAUAUGUAUAUGAUAAUUUACCAUCAAUAAGUUGAACCUCAAUAUGUGGGCAGAGUGA